AUGGAUUGGGUUUUGAAAGCAUCGUCGUACUUGAGUGAACUGGAGAGAGAUGAGUUUGAUGUGCUGCAGCAGGUGAUGGAAAAUAAUCAAAAUAUGGAGGCUGAGGCUUUCUCUGUGGACUCUGGUAUAACAUUGGGUUCAAGUUCAACCACUUCUUCCGAACCAACCAAGAAGCCACGUGGGGAUGGUGUGUCAUGUUUAGUGGAUGGAUGCACAGCGGACCUCAGUAGAUGCAGAGACUAUCAUCGGCGGCAUAGGGUUUGUGAAGCUCAUUCCAAGACACCAGUUGUCGCCAUAGCUGGCAAACACCAAAGGUUUUGCCAGCAGUGCAGUAGAUUCCAUUCAGUUGGGGAAUUUGAUGAAGUGAAGCGGAGUUGUAGGAAGCGUCUUGAUGGUCACAACAGGCGUAGGAGGAAACCAAGGGGGAUACAAUCAUCCAUGUAUGAGACCUUUUUCACCAAUUAUCCAGGUACAAAACUGGUGCGGUUUGGUGGUUCACCAGCAUACACAACUUGUAGCAGUCCCCUGGGAAUGAGAUGGCCCUGGCCCAGGCCCACCGAUAAAGAAAAGUUAAACAAGCAAAACAUAGUCACACCAUCAUCAUCAUCGUCAUCAUCAUCCUCAAGGGAGAAAAAGUUCCCAUUCCUUUUGGGCACCCCUGACUCUGAUGCAUCAGUAGGACAAACAUUAUUUGAACCCAAGCCCAAGCCCAAGCCCAAGCCCAAGCCCAAUCCCAAUGCCAAUGGUGCUCUCUCUCUUCUGUCAAAUAACACCGCCCCAAACCCAAACUACUUCACUAUUCCACAUCUUCCCUUACCAAAUUAUGUAACAGGACUGAAUAGCAGCGGUUACACUAAUAAUAAUAAUAAUAAUAAUAAUAAUAAUAAUGAUAAUCAUUUAAUUGGGAUGAUUCACUUUCGGACCGAAGGAUUCUCUCUGGAAAACGAAGCACCACAAGUCCUCUCGUUUUCUUGUGAGGAUUAA